AUGGCCGACGCCGGCGGCAGUAGCAAGCAGCCUGCUGCUGAUAGCAGCACGAAGCCGAAGAAGGAGAAGAAGACGAAGGAGAGCAAGUCGGCGAAGGAGGAGCGCGCCGCUGGGCUCAGGAAGGACCUCCAGUACACGCAGCAGGAAUGGACGCCCGAGAAGGUGUUUGAAUUCUACCAGUGCGACCCCAAGAAGGGUCUCACGAGCGCGCGGGUGCAGGAGCAGGAGCAGCAGUACGGCCUCAAUCAAUUGACGCCGCCCAAGACGCUGCCCUGGUUCGUGAAGCUCGGGCUGCAGUUCACGAACUUCUUCUCCCUGCUCCUCAUCGUGGGCGGGCUGCUAUGUUUCAUCUCGUUCGGUAUCGACGGCUCAGACCCGACCAACCUGUACCUGGGCGUGGUGCUCAUCACCGUCGUCGUCAUCACGGCCGUCUUCUCCUUCUUCCAAGAGGCCAAGUCCGAGGCCAUCAUGGAGGGCUUCAAGUCCAUGAUCCCAAAGAAGUGCACGGUCAUCCGCGACGGCAACAAGCAGGUCAUCGACUCGGUGCACCUGGUCCCGGGCGACCUCGUCGAGAUCAGCGACGGCGACCAGGUCCCCGCGGACAUCCGCAUCGUCGGCGGCACCGACAUCAAGGUCGACAACGCGUCGCUGACUGGAGAGUCCGAGCCCGUGGACCGCGGCGUGAACCUCACGAUGGGCCACGACGGCAAGCUCCUGACGACCCCUCUCGAGGCGAACAACCUCAUCUUCUACACGACGAUCAUCAACGCCGGGUCCGCGAAGGGCGUCGUGAUCGGCACGGGCGACAACACGGCGAUGGGUCAGAUUGCCGGCCUCACGACCGACACGGGCAACGAGCAGACGCCCAUCGCGCGCGAGAUCUCGCUCUUCAUCCUCCUCAUCUCGAUCAUCGCCAUCACGCUCGGCGUCGUCUUCGUGGUCAUCUCCUUCGCCAUCGGCCAGGAGCCCGUCUCGGCCGUGGUGUUUGGCAUCGGCAUCAUCGUCGCGAACGUCCCCGAGGGCCUCCUCGCGACGGUGACCGUCGCGCUCGCGCUCACGGCGAAGCGCAUGUUCGCGAAGAACGUCCUGGUGAAGAACCUGCAGGCCGUCGAGACGCUCGGGUCGACGUCGGUGAUUGCCUCGGACAAGACGGGCACGCUGACGCAGAACCGCAUGACCGUGCAGCACUGCUGGUACAACGGCAAGAUCUUCCGCACGCCCGCCGCGCGCAACAAGCCGCAGCUCGACGCCGCGCUCAAGGCCGGGACGCACAUGGACGAGCCCGUGUUCAACCCGAGCGACCCGACCUUCGCGAUGCUGCACAAGGUCUGCGCGCUGUGCAACAACUCGAGCUUCAUCCUGAAGGAGAAGGGCGACUCCGGCAGCGGCAUCGACCUCGCCGCGGAGGAGAAGUCGCCCAACUUCAACCUCCUGGGCCUCAACACCACGGGCGACGCGUCCGAGUCCGGGCUCGUCAAGGCGAUCCAGCUGCUGCGCGACGUCGAGGAGUUCCGCGCGGCGAACCCGAAGAUGUUCGAGAUCAAGUUCAACUCGACGAACAAGUGGCAGCUGUCGAUCCACAAGCAGGAGGACCCCAACGUGAGGCACCCGCUGCUCGUGCUCAAGGGCGCGCCGGAGCGCGUGAUCAAGAUGUGCGACAAGAUCAACGUGAACGGCAAGGAGGAGAAGCUGACGGAGGCGUGGCUGGAGCAGUUCACGCACGCGUACGAGUCGCUCGGCGGCCUGGGGGAGCGCGUGCUGGGCUUUGCCUACCGCGAGAUGAAGGAGCACGACUACAACUUCCAGUACGAGUCGAAGCCGAAGAACAACUUCCGCACGGACGACCUGACCUUCGCGGGCCUGUUCUCGCUCAUCGACCCGCCGCGCGAGGGCGUCCCGGAGGCGGUGGCGAAGUGCAAGCGCGCCCGCAUCCGCGUCUUCAUGGUCACGGGCGACCACCCGAUCACCGCGCACGCGAUCGCGAAGCAGGUGGGCAUCAUCGACCAGGAGCUCUGGGACGAGGACCGCGCGAUCGUCGUCAAGGGCGACGACAUCCGCGAGUGGAUGGAGCUCCCCGAGGAGCAGCAGACGGCCAAGUGGGACUGGGCGCUGGCGCACGAGCAGAUCGUGUGGGCGCGCGUGUCGCCCGCGCACAAGCUGCUCAUCGUCGAGAACGCGCAGCGCCUCGGCUCGAUCGUCGCCGUCACGGGCGACGGCGUGAACGACGCGCCGGCGCUGAAGAAGGGCAACAUCGGCAUCGCGAUGGGCAUCGCCGGGAAGGACGUGUCGAAGGAGGCCGCGGACAUGAUCCUGAUCGACGACAACUUCGCGUCCAUCGUGAACGGCGUCGAGGAGGGCCGGCUCAUCUUUGACAACCUGAAGAAGUCGAUCGCCUACACGCUCACGUCCAACAUCCCGGAGAUCGGGCCCUUCCUGCUCUUCAUCACGAUCAACAUCCCGCUCGCGCUGAGCACGGUGCUCAUCCUGUGCGUCGACCUCGGCACGGACAUGAUCCCCGCCAUCUCCCUGGCGCACGAGACCAAGGAGGCCGACAUCAUGAACCGGCCGCCGCGCAACGCCGCGACGGACCGCCUGGUGAACAGCCGGCUCAUGUGCUUCGCGUACCUCCAGAUCGGCGUCAUGCAGGCGCUCGCGGGCUUCUUCACCUACAUGGUCGUGCUCAACGACUACGGCUACGCGCCGCGCAUCCUGGUGGGCACCGGCACGCUGUGGCAGGACCAGUCGCUGCUGUGCCUCACGUCGGAGAACGGCCACGUCGACGACUGCGGGUACGCGUGCAGCGGCGACGGCGGGUUCGGCGUGACGCUCACGCCGGGCCUGGGCGCGCCGAUCGACUACACGGUGUGCGACGGCGGGUGCCCCGUGCCGCCGGGCGACGCCGUGCACCCGGACCCGUUCGUCGAGCACACCGCGGUGGGCUUCCGCGGGUUCUUCUCCAACGUGCGCCUCCUGGACAACCGCGUCGAGGGCCUGUACGACGGGUCGCGCUGGUCGGCGAACGAGGCGGUGUGCUCGCGCACGUGCCGCUGGUACUGGAACUUCCGCGACCUGCUCCCGCAGCCGUUCCCGGACGUGGCCACGCCGGACUCGCCCAUCACCACCACGGACGACCGCUUCUUCAAGGCCUACUGCAACGACGCGAACAACAACAUCAUCCCCAGCCGCGCCGACUGGGGCUUCCCCGGCCGCGGCCCGCCGGACCAGAUCCCCGCGCGCGCGCCCUACGGCGCGUUCUACUGGUGGAACGGCCGGCAGCAGCUCUUCCCCAACCAGGAGUACCAGUUCGACGCGCUCAAGUACGCGCAGACGGCCUACUUCAUCAGCAUCAUCGUCGUGCAGUGGGCCGACCUGCUGAUCGCGAAGACGCGCAAGCUGUCCAUCUUCGAGCAGGGCAUGCACAACCGCUUCAUGAACUUCGGGCUCGUCUUCGAGACGAUCCUCGGCGUCAUCCUCGUCUACGUGCCGGUGUUCAACGUCAUCUUCUCCACGCGCCCGCUCUUCAUCCUGCACUGGUUCCCCGGCAUGCCGUGGUCGAUGAUCAUCUUCAUCUACGACGAGGUCCGCAAGGGCAUCAUGCGGUCCAACCCCGACGGGUGGAUCGCGCGCUUCACGUACUGGUGA